AUGCAAGAUCAAAAGGGAUUAGAUUUAUUAAAACUGGAGUUGGAGCAAAUAACAAAAGAAAGAAAUAUGCUUGAAGCUGAGAUUAUGAAGCUAAAACAGAUUAUAGAAGAAAAUGCUAAACGUGAAGCCAAGGAUAUAAGUGUUACUUCUGAUACUCCUUUAAGGAUAACGGAGCUGACUGAGGAGAAUGAAAAGGUACCUGAUCUUCCUAGCAAUUUGGUUGUCAUUAACAAAAAUACAGGUCAAGGCAAUAAAAAUAAAGGCUUGUUAAGCGACGAAGCAUUAGAUAAACUUAUUAAAGUGGCUAAUGGAAUAUUGGAAGAGCAUCAAAAUUAUAAUAUUAAAAUACCAUUUGUUCCAUCUUUGACUGAGGCAAAAGUUGUACACGAUGGUUUGGUUCAUAGUUUUCCAUCCGCUUUGUUGGUGGAAGGUGAUGUUAUUGAAAUGAUAUAUGGUGACAUCGCCCCUUGUAGAAUAAAAGUGAUUUCUCAGGAUCUUAGCAGUGAUCUCAACAAUAAGGAACAAGAUAAUAAGGAACGUGACAUACCUUCGCAAACUGUAUGGGAACAACAUUUGAAAAAUAAGGGAAGAUAUCAAUUCGUGCUAUUGGAAACUCCCUGGGCAAAUUGUUUGAGAGCUUCCAUACAACAAAAACGAGCAGUGUACUUGGAUCAACCAGUUAUUGAUCCCCUCACACCAAUUAUGCCUCUCAUUAAAACAAAGGAUAGCAAUUAUUUAUAUCAUAUAGCACAGAUGCUUGAAGCUUUGUUUACUUAUGAUGAUGAAUUAAUAGAAGAAAAGAAUCUUUGGUGUGUACACACAAAUGAUGAUAAUUGUCAAUUGAUUGUUAAAUUUGCACAACAGUACAAUGCUGAAGCUCAUCAACUGUGUGCUGAAUAUGGAUUUGCACCUCAAUUAUUGUACUACAACAAGGAUGAAAUAUAUGAUGAAAAUGAGAAAAUAUUACAGGAAAUUCACAGUGCUUUGCAGAAAUUAUAUGAAAAAAAACUGAUGUUUAGUGACCUUUGUAAGAGUAACAUCAUGAUUCAAGAGGGCAUUAUUGGUGUGCAACAUGUAAAACUUGUAAAUUUUGAUUGGUGUGGUAUUGAAGGUCAGGAUUGCUACCCAGCAUUUAUCAACCAUGAAAUAAAUUGGCCAAGUGGAGUUUCUGAUAAGAAACCACUUCAUUGGUCUCAUGAUAAAUGUUUCUUUAACAUGCUUUGUGAUGAAUUUGAUAUGGGUCAUCUUAAAUUUCACUGGUAA